AAUUCAAAUUCGCGGAAUUGCAUGAAGGCCACAAAGAUGUUUGAGCCCUUUUAUAACGAUAGAAAAGAUCAUUUCUUUGGCAACUGUGUAAGUGUUUGAGUCAUUCGUGAUACAAAAAUGCAAACUGGCAGUGAAAAUAAUAUCUUUAAUGUUGAGGUUUUUAAAAAAUUGUUCGCCCAGUGUUUGGAUGCCACGUUUGUUUUAUGUGAUUGGAUGUAUGGUAACAGUUACGGACCAUGCAAGUUUCACGAGGUUUUCGAUCAAAUUUUUCCAACGGCCAUUGUGUUACGAUCGCCGUAUUGGUCGAGAUAUGCAGGCUUUAAAAGCAAAAGAUACAUGUGUGUUUGUGAUGUCUAUGGCAUUGUUUGUCCACAUAACUCGUCGAUUUCUGGCACCCGAUAUUUUCUUGAUGAACCAGCACAUGCAAAAUACCGCAAAGACACUUUUUCCAUGAUUGAUGAAAAAAUUAAACCAUUGAAAUACAAGAUCACUUGUAUGCCAACACCGCCAAAUUUACCGAAGGGCUAUUUGGUCUCAGCCAUAAUUUUUAUCAAAGCAAAUGCAAAUCCGUGGCAACGUAAACGGGCCAAGCAGCCACCGAACCAAUUCGUUAUUAAUAACAGGUAUACUUUUGUGAAGCAAGUAAAACCACGUAAGCAAAUAAUUGUGUUCGGGAAAUGCACUAGUCUGAAGAAGAGUGCAGAUUUGAUUUUAUCCUUGAAGGAUAAUUAUGAAUUUCCCGAGCACAUUUUAGAUGGAUAUGUGGUAGAUUCUGAAGAAUUUCCCAUGUGGACCGCUUGUGUUUCCAUAGCACCUAUGGUUCCAAAUACUAUUAAAAAGAAAGAAGCAGUGACAACUAAUCUAGAGAAGAGCUGUCCUCAUUCUCCGACAGAAAGUAUCGCAGAUAUGCUAAUGAACUUAGAGAUCGAAGAAAGUGUUGAUUGAACUAGUAAAC